AUGUCGAGCAAUAUCGGCAGAGUCAAGGUGAGGCUGCAACUGCUGGGAUGCCAUACACUCACACUGCGGAGCCGCUGCCUCUUUGACACAGCCGAAUUCCAGCUCGCAGUCUCCAAUCCGCGGAUGGUGGCUCUGACAUCACCCAAGGCUUUCGCGCCAGAGGUGAUCAUGAGAGCAGCCAAAGUCGGUGCGCAGAGGCAAGCAGAGGCGCUUCGACCUGUGGCGACGUCCGGCCAUGAGCACUGCUGGCACGACAGGGGUGCCGAUUCACGCGUCUGUUUGUUCAAGUCUUGGGCUGUGUGCGACUUCAUCUACUGCAGGAGGUGGGCGCAGCAAGCGUCUGGAACCAAGCUGCUGCCAGAGAGAUGUCAAGAUGCGCUGGCUGUUCAUGGCGUCAGGGCCAACACAAGACAGAUCAGUAAAGAAAUGGUAAACGUCAAACAUCAGCAGGCAAAUGCUGCGGACCAAGAGAAUCCCACGGAAGGGCUCGAGCUUGGAGGAAAGAAGGCCUGCAUCCUUGCAUCACGCGACGCCGCGGUGUGCAGCUGCUUUUGCGUCCAUGUCUCCAUGUUUUCACUGCUCCAGGUGAGCAUGGCCAAGCGCGUGAUUCACGAGCUGAUGCCCAAAUUCACAGAGAAGGCACGGUGGGCGGUGCAUGGCGUCAUCGAUUUGGUGGAGGACAGGUGCUUCAAGUUUGAGAAGCAGUCCAAGGGACUCGAUGAACAACUCCUACAGGCUACCCGAGAGCAUGAGCACGACUUCAUCAUUGCAAUGCUCAGAAGGGCCGUGUCGUUUGUCAUGCUGGACGUCUUCCUGGAAAAGCUGGAAGUGGAGAAUCCCGACUUGCUGUAUGUCCAGUAUCCUGCUCUGGUCGAGGUCUUCGAGACCAUUCAAGAAGAUUCCGUGGACCAUGACGAGCUGGAUGAUAUUCCCAGGAUCCUGAAGCGUCGUAUUGAUGACGGAGGCGAGGCUUCUGCUGGUGCAGACUUGGGUCAUGCCGGCCUCUCGGACGCGGCAAAAGACUCAGCGGGACCUUCCGUUGACGUUAAGGCGCUUGUGCCACGCGAUCCGGACGGUGUGGAAGACGAGCAGGCUGGGAUGGCCUUUGGUUGUGGUCUGGUACUCAGAGACGUGACCUGGAUGCAAGGCUCCCAAUGCAUCGUGAACAGCCCAAACGGGAAGAUGAACCUCACCUUCUUGACCGAGAAGGCAACUUUCUUCUGUCCCUUCAGCUACCAGCAAGCCAUUUCGGGCGCAGGGAGCUCGGGCUCCGUCAUGAAGCUGAAGAGCUUCUUCGAAGAGGCGCAGGUGCCGGAGGUGGACCCCCUGAUGCUGGUCUCCGUCUUGCUCUACCACCCGCAGGCCUUGAUGCGGCUGGACGCGUUCAAGCUGGGCUGCCGAAUCUUACGUGAUCCGAACGAGGUUCUACAGAAGGCAUACAAGACGCACACCAGCGACGAAAUGCAUUUGCAGAAGGCUGUUGGCUUUCAGUUCUGCGUCUUCGAGGACCUAUACAAGCGCGACACGUACACCGAAAACCACAUCGACAUGAUGGCAGCGAUGCUGAAGCUCAUCCAGCAGCUGUGCCAUGGCCAUCUCCAAGCACUUCAAGAGUUCCUCGGAGCCGAUUACACAGUGGAGGAGUUGGACAUUUUCUCAGCAAAGACUCUUCCUGGUGGAGAAGACGACGAUGACCACAAGGUACAAGGUCGACGGCAUGAACAAGAGCUGGAGAAGAAGAAUGAGCAGCCGACGAACAUUGUGCAAUGGAUAUCGCGAAUGAUCCACAUGAUUCUGGAGAGCAUGCAGGAGGCCACCAUGAAUGGUCGGGAGAAGCAGUACGUGCUGGUGCAGCAGCUCUUUGAUACAGCUGCAGAGCUGAUUCAAGGACCGAACCAGGAGAACCAGGCCACCUUGAUGGAGAAUGGCAUCUGUUCUGACAUCAACAUGCUAUGGCGGAUCCUCAGAGCGGACGAGGGCACCUUUCGUGGCCUGAUCCAGGACAAUGAAGAGCUCUUUGAUGCGUGGAUGGACCUGUUGAGGGUGAUGCGGGCAGCGGAAAUUGCUGCAUUGAAGUUCGCCAUGUCGUUGCUGGAGGAGCUCGAGCUCUCCGAGGAUGACAAUGACUUCGCAAAGCAGCAAGAGCAGGCUGGACACAGCCAGUGGGAGCACGUAAGGCUCUUGGGCCUCAGUGGUCGCGACUGCCUCUUGUUGGUUCCAGAAAUCCAACUCUGGCGUCUGCCUGACACUCAAGUGACUCAAGAGCUUUGCAUCGCAACAGCUGCUGCGUGCCAUCACAGUCACAACGAGCCCGUCUGGGCGGAAUGUCCAGCCUUUUUCGCUGCAGAGGCCAUUCGAUUCUGGCCCUGGCCGGGUGGAGAUACAACUUUUCACAGGCUGGCUGAGCGAUUCGCCAACCACCUCUGCCAGAGGCCAGUCAUUGCACGUGCUCACCCGCGUUUGCAGAGAUUCCGCAUCGGAUCAUGCAAUCAUCUUGUGUUCGAUGUGGGUCUCGCAAGGUCAAGCCACGAAGUUGGCGACGAUGUGAAAGCUGCUGCGACACCUUCCGAGCUUUCCCUUGCAGCAAUCCGUGCGCAGAAGGCAACCGAACUGCAACUACCCUGUGAAUCCCUGUAA